AUGGAUCCCAACACCAUAGCCAUUGGUAACGGAUCGGCUCAACAAGACUACGGAAAUUCUUUCGAUGGCUUCCUGGCCUCUAUACAGGUUGGUGCAUUUGUAGCAGCUGUACAGAUCGGGGGGUUUGUCAUCCUCCGCAGGAGAUAUCGCGGAAAAUGGAAUAUCAGAUCAUUCUACACCAUCUUCCACGACUUAGAUAGCUCGUGUUUAGAUGCUAUAGGUCUCUUUGUUCUACUUCGCCUGCUCACGACAAUCUUCGGCUUGACUGCCAUCUUCAUGGUGCCCCUUCUGGUGCCGUUGAACUACGUUCAUCGUCAUUCAGACUCUUCAAUUCAUGGCCUUGACAAAUUCAGUUGCCUGAAUAUCCUCGAACGCAACACUGGCCGUCUUUGGACACACUUGGCUGCGGCUUACUGGUUCACGGGUCUCUUCUGCUUGCUUUCGCGUCGCGAGCUUGCAAUUUUCGUCGACAUUAGACACAAGCACGACUCCGGCACGGCUAGUCGCUUCUACCUCGUUACUGAUAUUCCGAACAGGCUCGAAAAAGCUUUGAUGGAGUCCAUGUUCCAUAAGCUAUAUGCGUGUCAAGUCAGACUACACACCACGGAAGACAACAAGACACCAUUCGUCGACGGCCAACCAUACCUUCGAGCGCUGACUCAGGUAGAGAAAGAAGUAUGUCGAGAAGAGCACAAUAAAGGUCAGUACAAAGCUCCCGCCCAGUAA